GUAUCCUAAAGGGAGUCGCAUUAUAGUAUUCACUGAGACUAAAAAGGGCGCAGAUGCUUUGACGAGGGAGAUGAGGUACAACAACUUCAACGCAGCGUCUAUUCAUGGCGAUAAGGAACAACGUGAGAGGGAUAGGAUACUGAACGACUUCAAGACUGGUCGCUGUAAUGUAUUGGUGGCGACCGAUGUUGCUCAGCGUGGACUUGAUAUUAAGAACGUUGAGUGGGUGGUCAACUACGACAUGCCUAAGACCAUCGAAGACUAUGUCCAUCGGAUCGGCCGUACAGGAAGGGCCGGCGCUGUAGGCAAUUCACUCACAUUCAUAACUAACGACACUCACACCCCUGAUAGAGUGAGGAUGGCUAAGGACAUCGUCAAAUGCAUGGAAGACGUCAAACAGACACCCCCACAAUCGCUGUAUGACAUGGCGUCCAUACGUAUUGCAUCAGUCAGGGGCUCCGGUGGUGGGAGUUUCCGGGGAGGCUUCCGUGGUGGCCGAAGAUGA